CUACCAUCUAUAACCACUACACCAUACCCCUUCAGUUACAGAAGACUGAGCCUUUCUUGAGGUUGAACGGUUUAUAUACUUCAUUUUAUUUAUUUACAUCACUUUGUAGAAGUUACUUCAUACAGAACGUUGGACUUGGCAUUCUUCUCUGCUUCCUGAAUUUUUACGUGUUUUUGUUUCAAUUCUCCUUGAUAUCGUCAAUCACUUUUAAUACUUUCUCUUUUCAUGCAUUUUCUCUAGAUUUUUGAAGUAGUUAGUUGUUGCUUUGUUUUACCGAAAAUUCAUUUGAACUUUCCAAUCUGAAAUGCAUAUCAAAACUCCUAUUUGGCUUCUCUUGUUUGCUUUUUUCUUCGCUAAUUCUUUUGCGGCAUCUUCUUUAUUCGGCCCAAACACUGUAGAAUUGGGUACGAGAACACUUUCAAAAUUUGUCAACCAACAUGGACCAACGUUUGUUGUUUUUUAUGCUCCUUGGUGUGGAUACUGUAAAAAACUAGGCCCUGUUUUUUCAAAACUUUCCAAUAAACUACACAAUCUUAUACCUUUUGCCGCCGUAAACUGUGAUACUGAAAGCAAUAAGCCCGUCUGCGCACGAUAUGAAGUGAAAGGAUUUCCGAGCAUCAAAUUCCUUUUCCCUUCCCCAUUCCAACCAUCUGCAAUCUUCAGUGCAAAUUACGAAGGGGAUCGCAGUUAUGGGUCAAUGUACAAAUUCGUUUCUCAAAACUACCCGGUCACGAUUACCCCAAUCAAAAGUGAUGUUCAAAUGAGAAAAUAUUUAAAUUCAAGAAAAAACGUUACAAAGGCGAUGUUGGUUACUGAGAAGUCAAAACCCACAAUUAUGUACAAAACCCUGGCAAAUCAUUUCUCCAAGCUAUCGUUCAGUAUCUGUUCACCAGAAAAAAUCUCAUUAGAUCUUCUCGGUAUAGAUGCAAAGGAAAUCAAUAAGUUUCCUAUGCUUUUGUUGCAGCAUCCUGGUCAAAAAUAUCCAACAAUAUAUCGCGGUUCAAUGGAGCGUGAAGCUAUGGUACGUUUUCUCGAACAGCAGUUACAGGAAUUUAGUUUCAGUGAAUAUCUUGAUUCCUUCUGUACUCGCCAAAACUGUCUUUUAUAUUUUUACGAGAAUGAACAUGAAAAAGAAACGUUUCCAGCUGAGGAAAUUGCCAAAAAAUAUCCCAAGAUACGUUUGCUGUCUCUUCCUGCAUCCUCAGAAUCUUCCGAAUUGAUUCGCAACCAUCUAGAUCUGGGGUAUAGUGAUGCUCUUUUAAUUAAUCUUUUAAAAUCGCAUUUCCUUGCAAAACCUUUUGGUACUCACGUGUUACGCUGGCUUGAUGAUAUAAAAGUCGGACAAGCGGGCAGUUUAACCUCCUUACCGAAAAACUUCAUUCAAAACGUCUCCUAGAAGUUAGAAAAAAAAAAGAGUUAAAUGUUUACGCAUUCAAGAGGAUGAUGGUAUCCCUACAUAGAAUGAACUUAAAGAUAUAUUUUAUUAUCAUUACGACAUAUAAAAUAAGAAAUAAAUAGUAAAAGAUUAAAAAAGGAUUAGUAAUUACUCCAAUAGUUUAUAAAACCGUGAAUGGAAACCUUUCAAAG